UGUGUGGUAUUGAUUCAUCUGGAUGCUGUAAUGUUCAAACGAAAUCGUCUGAAGAAUCUGUUGUAAUGGUCAGAAAAAACAAAGAAAAUUUUACAGAUAUUCCAUUCGACUGUAGUGACAUUUUUAAAUGUUGGUCAACAAUAAGUGGUGCAUUUACAAUUUACCCUGAAGGUAUAGGUGCACUCGAAGUACAGUGUGAUAUGGACACAGAUACAGGAGGUUGGACUGUGAUACAGAAUAGAAAUUCUGGCUCAACAAUCUUUUACGCAGACUGGGCUCAAUAUAGAGAUGGAUUUGGUAACAUUUUGUCUGAUUUCUGGAUAGGCAAUGAUAAUUUGCAUAUGCUGACAUCAAAGAGGAAUUACCAAUUACGAGUAGAUCUAGUGGACUGGGAUGGACAAACAAAAUAUGCAGUUUACAAGAUUUUCAUAGUUGGAGAUGAAAAUACACAAUACAAAUUGUCUAUUGACGGUUAUAACGGAACUGCAGGAGAUAGCUUCUAUUACCAUAAUGGUAUGAAAUUUUCCACAACAGAUUCUGACAAUGAUCUUGUAACUGAUCCAAGUAUUCAAAAUUGUGCUCAACAAUACAGUGGGGGUUGGUGGUACAUGAGUUGUUACCAAGUAAACCUCCAUGGAACUUAUCUAUCUUGGGAGGCAUUUAGAGGAGCAUACUAUGAUCUAAAACACUCAAAAAUGAUGAUACGAGUUUAGAUUCCUAUUGUACAAAGUAUCGCUUAUCCCUUGAAGAAAUGCAAAGUUAUAAUUGUUAAGUUAGUGUGUUCGACAUGCCAUACAAUAAAAAUAGGGAAAAUUAUCUUAACUAUAGAACUUUGUGUGAAAUAAUUAUUGAAAA